UCUAUUCCUCUCUCUCUCUAAAAAAGAAUAGCCGAAAACCAGAAAAGAACAAACUCCUGUAAGUAAAAGCUCUCACUCAUCUCUCUCUUCUCCUAUAGGUUCAGAUUCUUCCAGCCAAACCAUUUCUCUCUCCCCCACAUACACACAUAAAUCAUUGUCAAAAAGAUGGAAGGCACAGAUAUAUUCUGUGCAUCCCAAGCUUCAACAGCCAUAUGCUCAAGCAUGGAAAUUGAGGAAGUCUCCUCGUCAUCCUCCUCCUUCCCCUCCUCGCCCGCUAUUCAGCUCGGUGGUCGUGCUCUCGACCGCCACAAUCCCAUCAUCUGUGAUGGAAGAAGAAACAGCACUGCCCCCAACAGUCUCUUAACGCCUCCUCGUGAUUUUACUCGACCGCCUUUCAGUCCCCAACCUCACCAUCAACUCACAAAGAGCAAGAAAACCUCUUCAAAAGGUAACAGAAGAACCAAGACCAAAAUCCCAUCAGUGAAACAAGAAAAUGAAGAGAGAGAAGAUUGUCAUACUCUUCCAUCUACUGAUACUUUGAAAAAGAGCUCCUUCAUUCCAACUGAUAUUGUUACAAGGAGCUUUGCUAAGCUGAACGAUCUGAUCGCUCCUCCUGCUCCACCACCAGCUGGCUCCUCCAGAUACCUACUUGGAAGUGAUUCACAAUCAGAAUUCUUUGACAGGUUACCGGAGAACGACCCUGUUUACGAUAUCGUCCCAGCUGAUGAUUACCAAGAACUCAAAACUGACGUAAACCAAGAUGGGUCUACUUCAACAACUCAAGAAACAUUGUCUCAGCAGCCCAAACCAACUCCUACCAAACAGGUUGUGGUCUUGAUGGUGUCACUGCACUGUAAAGGCUGUGAAGGGAAAGUCAGGAAACAUCUUUCAAAAAUGGAAGGAGUUACAUCCUUCAACAUAGACUCUGCAGCCAAGAAAGUGACAAUAGAAGGAGAUGUAACGCCAGUGGGAGUUUUGGCAAGUGUAUCAAAGCUGAAGCACGCUAAGUUUUGGACUUCUCAACAGCCAACACCACCACCGCCCCCACCGACUACGCCACCACAUCCACCACCAUCCACCGCGUUAACGGCGGCUUCAACAUCAGCCACCACAGAAAUGCCAGAAAACCAGCUUGGUUAAUCCUAUCUAUUGUUUGAAAAGUUUCAAGUUAUAAUUCUCUCUUUCCCUUGUUACUUUUGAAGUUUUGAGCUUUCAAUAAGGAAAAGAGUGGCAUCUCAUAAUCAAAACUAUUGGGAAAGAGACCACUAAGUUAUUCUUAAAGAAAGGGAAUUCGAUUCCCCAUGACCUUGGUGUAAAUCCAAUACAGGCAUGCCUUUUCUAUUCCCAAAGCCUUAAUUAUCUGAUGAGGUUGGUCUUCUCCAAAAAAAAUAUAUAUAUAUUCCCCAGAAUAUGGUUAUGGGAAGCUGUUGUUUAAA